AUGAGCUCCCGUUCAAUCGGCGAGCUCCUGCUCCGCCCAUCCUCCUCCAGGAUUCCUUAUACAUCGUCUACACAGUGCCUACGACGAAUCACACCAUCAUGGACUGCUCAGCGAUGCAUAUCCAGCACUCCGAAUAAAGCUGCGCAGCCCCAGAGAAAAGAAGACGCCUUCGACAUCGAAGAGCGGGAGCAACAAAGAUCGCAAUCCCGUCAACCAUCCCAAGACACCACGUCCGAAGCAAUCGACUCUCUCUUUUCCGGCCUGCCGACCAAUCGCCCAAGCCAAUACGCACAACGCAACCAAGCAACCUCCAGCGACGAGCUGCACGCAGCGCGCUCUUCCCACAUCUUCGGUUCCGAGUUCUCCUCGGCGUCCCGCAAUCGCCCCACCCGCCGUCCUGGCCUAAACUUCGACUCCAUGUCUCUGCCAGACGAUAUGAUUAAUCCUUCCCUGAAAAACAAGCCCAGCGAAGCAUCCUCGCUUGCCACACAACAGGAAGAAACCUUCGCAAACUAUCCGCGUCUGAACCCGACGUACGGUCGCACCGUGGAACUGGACGCUAGCCGGGGCAGAGAUAUCGUACGGGGGAUAGGCAUGUUGGGCUCACUAAUGGCGAGGAAUAAAGUGAAGGGCGAGUUUAACAAGCAGAGGUUUCAUGAACGUGGAGGACUGAAGAGGAAGAGAUUGAAUAGUGAGAGGUGGAGGGCGAGGUUUAAGCAGGGGUUUCACCAAAUAACUGGGCGGGUUAGUGAGCUGACUCGGAAGGGGUGGUAA